AUGGCAUUCCACCACUCGAGCGGCUCAUCCGCAGCCUCGGGUUUUGAGUAUGCGCAGGUAGGCCACGCCUUUGCCGGUCACCAGAGUGCUCCUCCGCUCAAUGGGCCCCCUUUUCAGCCGUUCCAAGAUACCCAAUUCGACAUAUUUGAAUGGUAUCCAAAGUUCCAAUCAUGCCUCCGCUACUUCUUGGACCAUGCUCAGUACAGCGGGCCCAUUCAGGCUGUGGCAGCCUUUGUCAACAUUCAACUCCCGUUUCAAAAGGCCCACAACCCGGUACUCUCCUCCAAACACACCGGUCCCAACUCCCCCGCCGGGCCCGGGCCCUCGACUCCGUCCACGGCUCGAGCCGCCGGCAAGAUGCCAAUCAAUGCCCAAUUGCCAUCCUCUACUCAUGCAACACUUACACCUUAUAUUCGACGCUUGGUGGCGACCGGUUUCGAUUACCCCGCCGUGUUACACGGCUUCUUUGGUGACGAUUGGGUUGGCGGAAUCGGCCCCAUGCACGAAGCUGAGCGCCGCAACUACAUGUUUGCCGCCAAGAGCGACACCUGGCUCAAGGUGAAGUCACACUACGACAUGGACGGCGAGCAGCAAGUCCCCUUUCUCCGGCCCUUAUCGAAUGUUACCGAAACGGAAAUUCAAAGCGCGGAAACCCAAUGGAGCGAGUGGCUCGCCAUGCAGGAUUGGAUGUUGGGACCACGGGCACCAGACCAGGAACAGGAAGUGAGGAUCAAGCAGGAAGACGACUAG